AAAGAGAAAAAUAACUGAGGAAGAAGAAGAAGACGACGAAGACGAAGAAGAAGAAGAAGACCAAGACGAAGAAGAAGGGGCCGGAGCAAAAGGCGAUGGUGUUGAAGUAAGAAGAGAUAGUGAAUCUAUAAAAGAGUUAAAGUUCGAAGUUAAUCAUUUGAAGGAGAAGAUUGAAUAUUUGAGUAAAGAAGUGGACACACAAAAAAAGUUGUUGGAAGAAAUGAAGAAAGUGGUUGCGGAUGGUAUAAACGCAGUGACAACUGUUUCGGUAACAAGAGAACCUAAACGAGAGAGUGGACAUACGAGAUCACCACGAGAUGAUCCUUGUGACUCGAUUGAUGAGUAUUUUAAUUAUGUGAAUAAAUCAAAUAAGCCUGAGAAAGUGGUUGAGAGUGACCUGAAGACGUUGGCCACAGAUGUUUUUGAUAGUUUGGUUCAGACGGAAGUGGUUGAGAAAGUGGUUGAGAAUGAAGAAUCAGAAGAACAAGAGAAAGGAAAAGUAGACGAAUCAAGUGAAGAGAGUAUAGAGAAAGAAAAAGAGAAAGGAGUAAAUAAAGAAGUAGCAAAAGACAGAGAAAAGGACCAGACAAUGUUCAGUAUGGAAGAGGAAACGCCUGGUGCUGCAGAAAUUGAUGUGAUAUCUUCAGAUGAUGUCAGUGAUGAACAGAAGCAAGAGCAGAACAUAAACAUCAGUCCUGAAGGUGCACUGUAUAGAAGAGCGGAAAUGUACCAAGAAUACAUGAAACAAAUCCCGAUUCCUACAAACCGUGGCUCGCUUAUUCCUUUCACCACGUGGGUCGGAUUAGGAGACUCUAUCAAACAACUGUAUGGUCAGCCUUUGCAUUAUCUCACAAACAUUCUACUGCACCAGUGGGAUCGAUCAAGCUUCGGGUCUGAGGCUGAACGCCAGGCUUUGGACACUGUAAUCCAUCCUUCAAAAGCCGAAGCAGCCAUCUGGCUUGUUGAAGAAAUUCAUCGGAGCACCUCAUCAUAUCAUUGCUUUGUGAACCUAUGGCAAUCAGAUCCCAUGUAUCAUGCCUUUAUCGACCCGAUUUAUCCUAAGUUGUAAGGACUUACAUGAUGGAUCCUUGUUUUACCUUUUUCUUGUUCUCUGAAGGCUGAGGAUCUGAUGUAGCUUUUGCUGGGUCCAUGUGUAAAAACUCGGGUAAUGGAUGAAUGUUUAUGAUGUA